GACCCUUCUUCCUUCAAACAAGCUACCAAGAUUUCAGUCUCUUCCAUGGCCAUCCCAAAUGUCUCCUCCUCUUCUUCCCCUCAAAGGAAUCAUGACGUGUUUCUGAGUUUCAGAGGGGAAGAUACCCGCAAUACCUUUACCGGUCAUCUAUAUAACGCUCUCGUUAUAAAGGGGAUCAAAACCUUUAGAGACGACAUGGUUCUUCAGAAGGGAGACGAAAUCUCCCCAGUACUUUUGGAAGCCAUCGAACAAUCUAAGAUUUCCAUGAUCGUCUUCUCUAAGAACUAUGCCACUUCCACGUGGUGCUUAGAUGAACUCGUCAAGAUUCUCGACUGUCGGAAAUCAAUUGGCCAAAUGGUUCGACCCAUUUUCUACGAUGUGGAUCCUUCUGAUGUGCGGAAACAGUUAGGAGAAGUGAUGGAUAUGCAUGAAAAUAAAUUCAAGGAUGAUAUACAGAGGGUGUUGAGGUGGAAGGUGGCUCUCAAAGAGGCAGCCAGUUUGUCCGGUUGGCAUUUGAACAAUGGAUUGUCCUGUUUGAAUGGCAGGCAUGAGCCCGACUUUAUCCAAAGCAUUGUUGAAGAGAUAUCAAGUAGAAUAUUGAAGUGCACAUUUUUAGAUGUUGCGAAGUACCCAGUCGGAUUACAUUCUCACAUAGAUGCCAUGAGUGAGUUGUUGAGUGUUGGGUAUGACGACGUUCGCAUGGUUGGAAUCCAUGGAAUUGGAGGAAUAGGUAAAACAACUAUUGCAAAAGCUGUAUAUAACUUAUUUACUGGUCAAUUUCAAAGUUGCAGCUUUCUUGCUAACGUCCGAGAAACUACAAAGCAGUGCGGCCUUGUUCAAUUACAAGAAACACUUCUCUCUGAGACCUUGGGCAAUAUCAACUUAAAGUUGGGAAAUGAGGAUAGAGGAAUUAAUGUAAUAAAGGAGAGGCUCUGCAUAAGAAGGUUCUUUUAGUUCUUGAUGAUGUCAAUAAGUUGGGGCAACUUGAGAAAUUAGCAGGAGAUAAGAAUUGGUUUGGUUCAGGAAGUAGAAUCAUUAUUACAACUAGAGAUCAACACGUGCUAGAUACCCAUGGAGUAGAAAGAAAAUACCAGGUCGGAGGAUUAAGUCAUACUGAUGCUCUUCAACUUCUUAGUUGGAAUGCAUUCAAGAUAUCUUAUCCUGAAAAAGGGUAUGAGGAGCUCACGAAUAGUGUAGUUCAGUAUGCCAAAGGCCUUCCCUUGGCUCUAGUGGUGCUGGGGUCUCACCUAUAUGGUAGAAGCAAACCUGAAUGGGAAAGCACAAUACGUAAAAUACAAAGAAGUCUUCAUAAAGAGAUCUAUGAAAUACUUAAAAUAAGCUUUGAUGCACUGGAUCAGGACAAUGAGAAGGCUAUCUUUCUUGAUAUUGCGUGUUUCUUUAAGGGAGAAAACAAAGAUUAUGUAACUAGAGUUUUGGAAGCAAGCGAUUUUGAUGCAGUUAUUGGAAUACAAGUUCUCAUUGAAAGGUCUUUGGUGAUUGUAUACAAAAAUGAAUUGCAGAUGCAUGACUUGAUACAAUUGAUGGGUAGGAGUAUCGUUCAUAAAGAAUCUCCCAACGAGCCAGGAAAGCGUAGCCGAUUGUGGUCUCAUGAGGAUAUUCUCCAUGUUCUUGUUGAAAACAUGGGAACGAAUGCAAUUCAAGGCAUAAAGCUAGCUAGAUUUGCUUGGACAAAAAGAUAUUUUGCUGAAUCCUGGAGCCUUUACAAAAAUGAAAAGGCUUAGAUUGCUUAUAAUCCGCAAUUCUUGCUUUUUGAAGGGUCCUAAGAGUUUACCUAAUGAGCUAAGAUUUCUUGAUUGGGCUGGAUACCCGUCACCAUCUCUGCCGUCCAAUUUUCGUCCUCAGAAACUUGUUGCUCUCAACAUGUGUCAGAGUAAAAUCAAGCAAUUUGAAGGAAUAAUGGUUUGUGAAAAUCUGAGAGAAAUAAAUUUAUCUUGCUGUGAAUACUUGACGUGCAUCCCCGAUGUGUCCAUGAUGGCAAAUCUUGAGAGUUUGGAUCUUCAUGGCUGCCGCAAUUUAGUUGAGGUUCAUCAAUCCGUUGGAUUUCGAAACAAAACUGUUUCGUUUGGAUGUUAUAAACUGCUCUAAACUUAGACGUCUUCCUAGCCUGAAGUUGCCAUGUCUCGAAAGCCUAUUUGUUUUAACAGGCACAAGUAUGGAGAGAUUUCCAGUCAUUCUGGUAGAAAUUCCUCGUUUAAGGGAAAUUAAUUUUAUAAACAGUCCCAUUCAAGAACUACGUACCUUCAUCAGUUGAAUAUCUCGUUGGGCUUGAAAGGUUAACGAUACAGUCAUGCAAGAAGUUUAGAGAUCUCCCUAGAAGCAUUUAUAAGUUGCCACGUCUCAGGUAUCUUUCUAUUUGUGGUUGCACAAACCUUGGAAGGUUUCGAAAAUGGUCAAAGUCAUCAUCAACAAGUUCGGGUUGGCUGGCUUCGUCAAAGAUCAGGAACAAAACUCAAGAUAUGAGCCUUUCUGUUGGGUUUCCAGCUUUGGAAAUGUUGGACCUCUCUUACUGUAAUCUAGCAGAAGUUGAUUUCCUCAAGAGUCUUCAUUGCUUUUCCAAGCUAAAAAAUUUGAAGCUAUCAGGAAACAAUUUCGUUAGCAUUCCUGCAUGUAUCACUAGAUUUACCAAUUUGCAAUCCCUUAGAUUGAUGGAAAAUCCUUCAUCGAGAAUUUAA